AUGGGAGAAGGACCAGCGCCUACCGAUCCACUCCAGGGAGCUUUGCAAGAAAAUGGCGAGGGUCGGAAGGACAGCGAGUCUACCACCAAAAACGAAGAAACCACCAAGGAUGCCAAGGAAGGGAACGAGAAGAAACCUCCUCCUCCCUCCGUCGCGUUCUACAAGCUCUUCUCUUACGCCGACCCCAUGGAUUACCUGUUAAUCGCCAUCGGGUCCAUCGGAGCGUGCGUGCACGGCGCCGCGCUUCCUGUCUUCUUCCUCUUUUUCGGAGAGCUCAUCGACUCGAUGGGAACCAACGACAUUGGAGGCGUCAGCAAAUACUCUUCAUACCUGGUCUAUUUGGGAAUAAUCGUCUGGUUCGGAGCCUGGCUUGAGGUGUCGUGCUGGAUGCACACGGGCGAGCGGCAAUCGGCGCGCAUCCGCGAGCGGUACCUGGCGGCGAUUCUGAAGCAGGAGAUCGGAUUCUUCGACACGGAGUCCAGCUCGGGGCAGAUCGUCAGCAACGUCUCGGGCGACGUGCUGCUCGUGCAGGACGCCAUCUCCGAGAAGGUGGGCAACUUCAUGCACUUCAUGGCGACGUUCGUGACGGGGUUCAUCAUUGGCUUCUCCAGCGUGUGGCAGCUCACGCUCGUCAUCCUCGCCGUCGUCCCGCUCAUCGCCUUCUGCGGCGCCAUCUACGCCAUAGUCCUCACCGGCCUCACCUCCAAAGGCCAGGAGGCGUACGCGAAGGCCGGCGCUGUCGCGGAGCAAGCGAUUGGGCAGGUCCGCACGGUGUACUCGUUUGUAGCGGAGGAGAAGACGAUCAAGCAGUACAUGGAGGCGUUGGAAGCGACGCUGCAUCUGGGCAUCAAGGGCGGGCUGUCCAAGGGCAUGGGCAUGGGCGGCGUGUUUGGCGUGAUGUUCUGCGCGUGGGCGCUGCAGUUCUGGUUCGCCUCGAAGCUUGUGGCGGAGGGGAAGGCGACUGGUGGCAAGGCGCUCACCACCAUGUUCUCCGUGCUCAUUGGCGGCCUCUCCCUGGGCCAGGCGAUGCCGAAUGUAACCGCCUUCGCCAAGGGCCAGGCAGCAGCGUACACCAUCUUCCAGACCAUCCUGCGCAAGUCAGCCAUCGACGUGGACGACACCACGGGGGAGGUCCCCGACAAGGUCAAGGGCGACAUUGAGCUCCGCAACGUGCGCUUCGCCUACCCCGCUCGCCCGGACGUGACCAUUUUCGAGGACUUUUCGCUGACGAUCGCUGCGGGGACGACGGUGGCGAUUGUCGGGUCGUCUGGGAGUGGGAAGAGCACGGUGGUGGCGCUGGUGGAGAGGUUUUAUGACCCGCUCGCAGGUGCGGUGUAUCUGGACGGGAGAGAUAUUCGCUCCCUGCAGCUGAAGUGGCUGAGGGAUCAGAUUGGGCUGGUGAGCCAGGAGCCGGCGCUGUUUGCGACGAGUAUCAAGGAGAAUAUCAUGUAUGGGAAGGAUGGUGUGACUAUGGAAGAGGUGGAGGCGGCAGCAAAGGCGGCUAACGCGCACGGGUUUAUUUCCGGGCUGCCCGAGGGGUACGACACGCAGGUCGGGGAGCGGGGCGUGCAGAUGUCGGGCGGGCAGAAGCAAAGAAUCGCGAUCGCGCGCGCCAUCCUUCGCAACCCCACGAUUCUCCUCCUAGACGAAGCCACCUCAGCACUGGACGCAGAAUCAGAAAAGGUCGUGCAGACUGCUCUGGAUGGGAUCAUGGGUGGGCGGACUACUGUGGUGAUUGCGCACCGCCUGUCGACGAUCCGAGGGGCGGAUUCGAUUGCGGUGGUGACCAAGGGGCGGUUGGUGGAGCAGGGCACGCAUGAUGUGCUGAUGGCGAAGGAGGGCGAGUAUGCUGCGCUGGUGAAGCUGCAGCUCAAGGCGGUGGUCAGUGCAGAGGAGCUUGACGGAGGAGCAGGGGCGUCGUCCCGGCGGCGCAGCAUUGAGUUGCAGCAGUCAUCUCUGUCAGAUGGGGGCAGGUCGGUGGGGGACGAGGAGGGGGACGAGGAGGACAAGGGCGAGGCCAAGAGCCGGGGGUCCUGGUGGCGCCUCUUCAAGCUCACGCUCCCCGACUGGCCCUACACCGCUCUGGCUGUUGUUGGCUCGGCUCUUGCCGGCUCCAUCAACCCUAUCUUUGGCCUCUUCCUCACCACUGUGAUCACGGCAUACUACAAGCCAGUGGACCAGAUGCAGUCCGAAGUCAACAAGUGGGCGAUCGUCUUCGUGUGCCUGGGCGCCGUCUCCUUCCUCGUCUACACCCUCCAGCACUACAACUUCGGAGUGGUCAGCGAGAAGCUCACCAAGCGCGUGCGAGAGCUCAUGCUCACCUCCAUCCUGCGCAACGAGAUCGGCUGGUUCGACCAGGACAAGAACAACAGCGGCGCCGUCGCCGCGCGGCUCUCCUCCGACGCCACGCUCGUGCGCGGGGCCAUCGGCGACCGCAUCUCGGUCAUCACGCAGAACUCCUCGCUCAUCAUCGUGGCGUUUGGGAUCGCGUUUGUGCUCAGCUGGCGCAUGGCCCUCGUCAUCAUCGCCACCUUCCCGCUGCUCGUCGCGUCCGCAGGAGCCCAGCAGGCCUUCCUGAAAGGCUUCGCUGGGGACCUCAAGGCGGCGCACGAGAGCGCCAGUAACGUCGCAGCGGAGGCCGUGGGGAAUAUCCGCACUGUGGCGGCUCUCUCCCUGGAGGAUAAGGUGCUGAGUCUGUUCAAGAAGCAGCUGGAGCCUCCGCUGAAGCGGUCGCUGCAGCGCGGGCAGGUGUCGGGGAUUGCCUUUGGCGGGUCGCAGUUUAUCAUGUACGCGUCGUUUGGGCUGGGGCUGUGGUACGGAGGGCAGCUGGUGGAGCAGCACAACGGCACGUUUGACGAUGUGUUCAAGGUGUUUAUGGUGCUGAUUAUGUCCAGUUUCGCCAUUGCCGAGACGCUUACUCUCGCUCCGGACCUUGCCAAGGGCGGCUACGCCAUCAAGUCGUUCUUUGCUGUUCUGGACCGUCGGACCAAGAUCGUGCCGGACGAUCCGACGGCUGAGGUGGUGGAGUCGGUGAAGGGGGAGAUCGAGCUGAAGCACGUGCGAUUCGCGUACCCCACCCGCCCAGACGUCGUUCUGUUUGAUGAUUUCUCCCUCAAGGUCCCUGCGGGGAAGACUGUGGCCCUGGUGGGCCCGUCAGGCAGCGGCAAGAGCUCCGUCAUCUCCCUUAUAGAGCGAUUCUACGACCCGCUAGCAGGGAAGGUUCUUGUGGACGGCAAGGAUGUGAAGAGCCUGCACCUGCGGUCGCUGCGGUCGUUUGUGGGGCUGGUGAGCCAGGAGCCGGCGCUGUUUGCGGUGUCGAUCCGGGAGAACAUUCUGUAUGGGCGCGAGGGUGCGACUGAGGCGGAGAUUGUGGAGGCUGCCAAGGCUGCGAAUGCCCACACGUUCAUCAGCAGCCUGCCCAAUGGAUAUGACACAGAGGUGGGAGAGAGGGGUACCCAGCUCUCAGGAGGCCAGAAGCAGCGCAUUGCCAUUGCCCGAGCUGUGCUCAAGAACCCAGCCAUCCUCCUAUUGGAUGAGGCCACGUCAGCUCUGGAUGCUGAGUCAGAGCGCGUGGUGCAGGAUGCUCUGGAUCGUCUGAUGGUCGGCCGAACGACGGUUGUGAUCGCGCAUCGCCUGAGCACGAUUCGCAACGCUGAUAUCAUUGCAGUCGUGCAAGGCGGGAAGAUUGUGGAGAAGGGAACACAUGAUGUGCUGUUCGCCAACCCCAGCUCGGCGUAUCAUUCGCUCGUGAAGUUGCAACAGUCGACUGGGGACACAGCUUUGUGA